CGCGUACCCCCGGUGGGGAAGAUAGCACAGAGCAAGCACAGCCCUUCGUUGUAGUAACACUACUGCAUCCAAGACAGCCCAGCUUCCUGCACUUAAAUACCUGAUUUUCCCUUCAUCCCCCUCCACUCUCAGCUUCAGACUUACCACCACCAAACCCUUCAACAGCCAGCAACGCCUCGUCCAUUACAGCCACCAGUCAUGGAUUUCGUUAACAAGCUCACCGGCGGCGGCGAGCAGAAACACCAGCGCCAGCAGCGCCAGCAGCACCAGCAGAGCUCCUCCAGCGAGCAAAAGGAGGGAGGUGGCCUGUUUGGAGGAAUUGGCAACAAACUGAACGAAGCUGCUGGCGGCGGCCGUGAGAGCGAGAAGAAUGAGGACAUGCUUGAUAAGGGUGUCGACUUCGUCCAAGAGAAGUUCCUUGGCCAGGGGCCUCAGGACAACGAGUCUGCCGUCGAGCAAGCCAAGGAUGAGCAGAUCAGCGACUUCAUCCGGAAACAGUACAAGGGCGCUAUGGGCUCUGACCUUCCCGUCAAGGACAAGGAGACGAGGUUUGGUUAGAACGAUGCGGUCUCCAAUCAUUCAUGUCUAUAUCACUACCCCAUUCUGACUGAGGUGACUGGGCGUUGCCGAGGGUACGACAACGAAACCCCUCAAUAAAUGCAUUGAUACCUG